AUGGACAGUGUUCACAGACGGGCGCAACCCGUCCAUUUGACGACACCGGUGACGGCUCUGGCAUACCAUGACAACGACAUUCUCCUCUCAGGGCAAGGCCCAUACCUGAAGACAACUCUUAUCUCGACUGCCGAGACUCUUGGAUGUAUUCACCUGGGCCAGGACUGGAAGAUCCACCGGAUUGUCAUGGCCAAUGUUCAGAGGAUCUCAGAGUCGAUCGAGGCGCGUCUGUUUAUGGUCUUUGGAGCAAAGAGUCUGAAGGUGCUCCGCCUCUGCGUCGAUCGAUCUUCGGGAGGCAACUCUCCCUCUACAUGGUUCCAGAACUUGUGGAAUAUCCCUCACUUCAAGGACUGGAUCGUGGACGCUCAAUGGCUUUGGAACAAGGCGGAUCUUCCAGGAGAACACCCAACGACACGAUCAAGCCUGCGUCCACCAGUCACCUCGCCACCUACUUCUAUCGCCAUCGGCUACGCGCACAACUUUGUCGAGAUCUACCAACUACCUCAGGACCCGUUUACGAUUUCUCUGGAGACAAGUGACAAUUUGCUGACGGACGAUAACCUCUCGAGCUUCCCUGUUGUGUACUCAGUCCAGUCAGAGGAGCACUGUACACUUUUCUGCGGGAGAUUUCACAACAACACCCUGGAAGACCUGUGGUUCGCCAGUGGAACGGUGUUCUGCCAUGCUUUACUCUGGAAGGUUUACCAUGACGACGGCGUUGAGGCGCCUGUGGUCAAGAGUCUGAUUGGACAUGAGGGUAUCCUGUUUGGCAUUCGAUGGAACGACGAUGGCAAUGCUGUCUGCACAGUGAGUGAUGACCGUUCGAUCCGUAUCUGGGACAUUACACAUCCAACAAACAUUACCCAUACCACCCACUUUGGACACACUGCAAGAGUUUGGGAUUGCCAGAUUGUUGGACCCUACUUGAUCUCGAUCUCAGAGGACGCUUCGUGUCGUGUCUGGAGGAACCCAUUGUUGACAAACGCUGCCGAAGCGGAUGAUGCUUCAGAUUGUCUGGCCUGCUGGGAGGGUCAUGAGGGCAAGAGCGCUUGGGGCGUUGCAGUGUCUGAUCAUGGAGUGGUAACAACAGGAGGCGGCGAUGGAGGUAUUCAUCUCUGGAGACUGGACAGCAUUGUUGCAGGCACGACUGAUGCUGAACAAAACACUAAAGACGUUGACUUGCCCACCAUUGCAACCUACUUUCCGGACGCGACUGGCAACGAGAAGGAGUUUGUACGCGAUUUUGUCAUCACUUCACAGGAGCAAUCGGUCUACAGCACCAACACGGGAUAUAUUUUGGUCCGCGACGACGAGAAGGGGACUUGGAAUACCCUUUUCCAUUCGCCUCUCCUCAAGAACUACUCCAGUUUGGAGUCUUCGACUUGUGGCCGUGUUGUGGUAGCAGGAUGCUUGUCAGGAAAGCUUGUGAUCGUCAGUGUCACCAACGAGUUUGAGCCGCUAAUCGCAGAGACAUUGGGAGGCAUCAAGAUACAGUUUGUCUUUGUGCUGGAUGGUUCGGAUCGCGACAACUUCAGGAUCGUGGUGUUCAGGGCCAACUGCACAGUGGGAGUGUUCAACUUGACAAUUUCAGCGGGAUCAGCAACGGCGACAUGCUCCCACAUCUGCGAUCUGAGGUUGCCAAACAACAACAAGGCCAUCCAUGCUGCCUAUUUCUCGCCACACUACAACCUCGUCUUGUUGGGAUCCAGAGAUAGUACUGUCUUGGUUUACAACUUGUCACAAUUGAACGGAGACAGCGAUGUUUCGACUACAUUGGACAGUAUUAUCGAUCUCAAGCGGUGCCACGGGAGUGAAACUGUUUCCAGUAUCUUGAUGGUCACUGAAGCAGGAGAAGGCGUGGGUGGCAAAGACAGGAUCAGUGUCUACAGUACUGGCCGUGACGGGAGCUGGACAAAGUACCGUUUCUUGGGGUUGCCUGGAGGCGAGACUGUAGGUUCCGCCUCUUCGGUUAACGAUGAUGACGAUGAGGAUGUCGACAUGGGUGACUCUGACAACGAAGGCGAUGAUGUCAGUAAGUCGCAUGGCAAGAUUGCGUUGCAGAGAGGACAGGAAUCAUCGUUGGAUGACCGGAAAAGCGGAACUACGAUCGUGCUUCAAAAGAUCUUCCGAUCCAAGAUCACACGCGGCUGGUUGGAGCAGGUCUUUAUCAUGGACGGCGAGUUGUUGUUGCUUGGAUUCUUCAACAAGAAGCUCUUUGUGUAUAACGAGUCGAAGCAUUUCGAGAUCUUUUCCAUGCACAGCGGGGCUGCCAACAGGCGUCGCUGGAGGUUCUUGACCAACAAUGCAAGACUGGAGCACACGAGACUCAUGUACCACAGUGGAUACAAGCUUAGGAGCUUUGCAAGGCAGCUUACUGCUGGAUCAGAGUUGUUCAAGAAUGCCAAGCUUCAAAACAACUUUCACGGACGUGAGGUGCGCCAGAUGAGGUUUCUGAAUGACGCUCAGCCCUUGGUCGAGGGUGCCCCCGCGCCCAUCAUUUUUGCUUCUGGAGGAGAAGACUGCCGCCUGCGAAUGUUCCAAUAUAUCCCUUACAAAACCAAGAACUCUUGCACGGCGUUGAAACCUCUCUGCAACUUGAAACCGAGCGUUGGCUCGGCUCUCCGCUGUAUGGAGUGGAGCUGCACCUCCGACCCACACUCCUACCUCCUCUUCACUGGUGGUGCUGUGGAGUCUAUGCGAGCCUGGCAGGUCGGCAUGAGCAUCCCUAACAGCUACCAAGUGCCAAUGAUCGAGGACCAUGCUGGAAACAUGAUUCCUGAGCAUACUCCUCUGUCGCUCGGUUGUCUGGAGUUGGCGCAGUGCCCUCACGCUAGUGAGAUCAUGGAGACUCGUAUCAUGGACCUCUCUGUCUUCAAGCUUGACGGCCUCUCGGGAAAGCACUUUGUGGCAGCAGUGUAUUCUGACGCUGCGAUCCGUGUCUGGCUCUUUGACGAGGCGGUCAACUCGUUUGUGCUAGCGAUUGAUGCGAGCCACCACGCUAAAUGUAUCCUUCAAGUCUCGCAUCUCAAGCUGAAGGAGGGCGGAGUGUUGAUGUUCACGGCCGCAACUGAUGGCAAGAUUGCUGUGUGGGACAUCACCGGUGCACUGGAUAGGUUCUUGGAGGUGUACAGCACGGAUGAAAUCAAGACUGCUCAGGCAUCGUCGGUCGGAAGGGAGAGGAAGCGGGCUCGGAGGGAUCAUGUCCAGACUCUUGGAACACCAGCUGCAGAAGUAUCAGUUCACAUGUCUGGCGUCAAUGGCCUAUUCAUCCAAGACAUGGGUGUCGAUGGCAUUGUAGCCGUGUCAGGAGGCGACGACAACGCAUUGAGCGUGACUCGAAUCAGGACGGUUUGGGAUGCUAAGCUGAGAACAGUCAAAGUGUCCUCGGCUAAGGUUGUCCACAGGAAUGCCUAUGCACACGGUUCAGCUAUUCAAGCUGUGGUCAUGAUUAACACGACCGAGGUUGUCACGACGAGUCAGGACCAAAUGUUGACUGUGUGGGGAUUGAACCUGCUGGAGGAUGGAGGCGCAGACAUGCAUAUGCUCGAGACCCAAUUCGUCCAUGUGCCUGACCCUUCAACGAUGGAUACGAUUGUUAUGCGCGAGGAACAAAGGCCCUUGGUAGCAAUUGCAGGUAUCGGUGUCCAGUUCUUUGACAUACAAAAAUAA